GAAGCAGCCGAUGGGGGAGUUCCCGCACGACCUGGAGGGGGACGAGCUGGAGGACGACACCCCGCGGCGGAAAAACAAGGCCAAGAGCAAGGCCUAUGGCAUCGGGGGCAUGCGGAAGAGGCAGGAUGCCACCACGCUGGAGGACCGGGACAAACCUUACGUGUGCGACAUCUGCGGGAAGCGCUACAAGAACCGCCCGGGGCUCAGCUACCACUACACGCACACGCACCUGGCCGAGGAGGAGGGCGAGGAGAACGCCGAGCGCCACGCGCUGCCCUUCCACCGCAAGAACAACCACAAGCGUGAGCUGAGCGGGGCCGCAGGGGGAGGUCCCUGCCCCAUCCCCGGGGGUCUCUACCCCAUCUUGGGGGAGUUUCUGGGGGUCCCAGUCCCAUCUUUGAGAUUUCUGCCCCAUCCAGGGUGUCCCCAGGAGGUCCCUGCCCCAUCUUGGAGGGGUUCCUGGAGGUCCCAGCCCCAUCCUUGAGAUCCCUGCCCCAUCCAGGAGGUCCCUGCCCCAUCUUGGAGGGGUUCCUCAGGUUCCCAGCCCCUCCCAAGGGUCUCUGCCCUAUUCCUGCGCCCUCUGCCCCAUCCUGGGGGUCUCUGACCUAUCUUGGGGAGUCCCAGGGGUCUGUGCCCCAUCCCUACGGUCCCUGCCCUGCUCCGGAGGAUCCCUGCCCUGCCCGGGUGGGGCUCCAGGGGAUCCCUGCCCCAUCCU